AGUGGGGGUGCCCCAACGUGCGCACAGCUGUGGGCUUCUUUUCACAGCUCUACGCAUGGCGGCUGUGGCUCCGCCAUUUUUGCAGGUGGCUUCGCCAUGGCUGCGCAGCGAAGCGCCUGCGCAGAGGAGUCCCAGACUCGCCUUUGGGAGUUCUCGAAGGCGGAGGUGCAUAGGCGGCAGUGUCAGCAUCGGCCUGUGCGUCUCGCUGAGGCGACGAGCACGGCGAGAACCGGACAUUGACACAGGUGAGAAGCUUCCCAUUGACACGGGUAUCAUGCAGCUCGAGCUGCUGGACUGGCUGAAUCAGGCCAACCUGCACCCAGACCUGAGCAAAGAUGCCCUGGCCAAGUUCGGCGGUGUGCCCCAGCAGGCCGACGAGGUGGUGGAGAAGGUUGUUCAGCGAAUCCAGGAGGGCGCCAGAAGAUGUGUGGCGCCCUCGUCCACCGUGCACCCCUUCGGCUCCACAGUGAACGGUUUCGGGGAGGAAUCUUCCGAUUUGGAUGUUCUCGUGGCCAUCAAGGAGCAGGAGCUCACAUACUUCAUGAGCUACGCCAAUUGGGGCCAGCGGCAUCAGAGGCGAGGCACUCUGCAAGACGACUUGGACGAGUUCGAUCCGCCCAAGAACCUCACGCCCAAAGCGGCGAUGUGCCAUGCUGUCCAGCAACUGGCGGACUACUUGCCGGAGCUCGGCUUCAAGGUCUUGAACCUCAUACCACAAGCGCGGAAGCCCUUGGUGACGCUGGAAGACAUGCAAGGGCCGCUGAAGGAAGUGGAUAUCUCCAUUAACAACAGUCGCAAUACGGCCUGCUUGGGGGGGUUCUGUGGUCUUGGUUUGCCACUCUACAACUCUCGAUUGCUGAAAUCCUACUCCCAGCUGGAUGAGCGUGUGAGGCCGCUGGUCCUUUUGGUCAAGGUUUGGGCCAAGGGCAAGCGCAUUUGUGGCGCCCACGAGGGGAACCUUUCCUCGUAUUCCUGGACCAUCAUGGUCUUGUACUUCUUGCAGCUGGUCGGCCUUCUUCCAUCCCUUCAGCUCCUCCACGAGGUUCUCAACGACGAAAAGAGGAUACUCAGCACGCGUGACUACUGGGGCAAUAUCCGGGACUUUGACACUGGAUUCCUUACGGUCGAGGAGUACCAAAAGGCCGUGGCCGACAAGACGAUUGCAGCGCCUCAAACAGAGGACAGCCUAACUGUGGCGCAACUCCUCUAUGGCUUCAUUCGGUUCUUUGCCACGGAGUACGACUGGGGAACAGAGGUCGUUUCCAUGCAUAAGCCAGAUCGAAAAGAUCGUGGAAUCUGGUUCAAAUUCUUUGGGAAGAACCACCCGGAGCCGGUAAUCCACGUGGAGGAUCCUAUCGAGUUUCGGGACUUGAACAUCGUGAUGCGCCGGGAGCGUUUGGCACAGAUGAAGGAGGAGUUCAACCACGCCCUGGAGAUGCUGAACACCGGGUGCAGCCUGGAAGAGUUCCUGAACCGGGAGCCGCGGCCGGAAGUUUUUCUGGUGCCCACACGCAGGAGGAGGAGACACCGAGCUAUGCCGCUGCCGACAUGAGCCGCUGCAGAACACGGCGGGGGGGGCGGGGGGUGUUAGACUGGGACCUGACCGCGUUGGCAUUCUAAAGAAUGCUGCUGUCUCUGUGCGCUAUUGAAAUGAUGCCAUUCAUGCCUCUCAAGAUGAGGCAAUGAACAGGUUGCGUGAUCGGAUGUUUCUAGACCUACUGUUUGGCAUCUAAAUGAACAUGCCACACCACUUGCCUGUCCCAGCCUGGCUGGGCACAGCUCUGGUUUGGCACAUGCAUUUCGCC